AUUCCCGAAACCCAAUUUCUUCCACAUGAUCUUUUCAUUUCAUUAAAACUACCACCAUUUUUCUCUCUUGAUAAUUCUUGGUUGAUCAGAUAGAGAAGGAUGGUUUAGGGUGUUUGCAGAGAGGGAAUUGAUCCCAUGGCAAAUUGCAGUCACUCUCAUAUUCUGAGCUUCUAAUCUCUCCCUGUCUGUCACUGACAUCUCUUGAUUCUCUCUCUCUUUCACACAGUAGCAGAAAAAUAGAAAACUAAAAAAGUGAGAAAAAGCAAAAGCUUAAAUGAAUUGAAUGAAAAGAAGAAAACCCCACAGACCAAUACAAAAGUUGUGUAAAAGAAAUUCAGAAUAUUAUGUAAAUAGUUUAGAGAGAUUAUAAGAAUGGGGAUAGGAAAGAAAAAGAAGAUUGUUAAAAAGGAAAAGUUGUGAAACAAAGAAACAUUCAUAUCCAUAUGCAGACACUUUUAGGUACAGAAGCACAACAGGCACUUUUUUCAUUAUAACUCCUCUCUCUCCCCAGUGUUCCGGUGUUCACUACAUAUUUAUAAAGAUAACAACUGGAGAAGAAAAAAACAGUGUAAAAAUACUCGGGAAAAAGGGAGUUCGAAUACAGUAAAAGAUGGCCUCUUUGUAAUAAGAAGAGAGCGCGAGCUAGUUUUUGUUUAUGAGUAAGAGAGAGAGAAUACUCCAUACAUGUUCUUUUUGAAACAAUUGUCUUGCAUUGAGAGGGAAUCCUUGAAGUCGAGUUUUGCUCAUUAGUGUUAUUAUUGAUUUCUUAGCACUGGAUCAGGUGUUUAAUCCAUAACUUUCGCUAGAUAAUCAUGUUCCUGAUUUCGAGCAAGACCUUCGUCCUCCUUUCUAUGCUAUCAGUUUUCUUGAGUCUGUCUCUUUCUUAUGAGAGCCGCAAUCCUGAAGUUGAAGCUUUGAUUGCUAUAAGAGAUGCUUUAAAUGAUCCUCAUGGAGUUCUGGGCAACUGGGAUGAAUACUCGGUGGAUCCAUGUAGCUGGUCUAUGAUAACUUGCAACUCUAAUAAUGUUGUCACUGCCCUAGGAGCUCCUAGCCAAGGUUUAUCGGGUUCUUUAUCUGGGAGGAUAGCAAACCUCACAAACCUCAGACAAGUAUUGUUGCAAAAUAACAAUAUUUCUGGACAUAUUCCAAAUGAGCUUGGAAAUCUUCCAAAACUUCACACACUGGAUCUCUCCAAUAACAAAUUUUUUGGUCAUAUACCUGAGUCUUUUGGUUUCUUGAAUGGUCUUCAAUAUCUGAGGUUGAACAAUAAUAGUUUCAGUGGGGCUAUUCCUCUAUCUUUAGCCAGGCUUCCUCAACUUACUUUCUUGGACUUGUCCUACAACAAUCUUAGUGGACCUCUUCCCGGCUUUCCUACCAAAACAUUUAUUGUUUUGGGUAAUCCUCUAAUUUGUGGAAGCCACGCUAGUGAAAAUUGUUCAGCAUUAAUCCCAGCGGAUCCUCUUUCGUUCUCCAUAAAAACGUCUUCGGGAAAAAACAAAUCCAAGAAACUAGCAACUGCACUCGGAGUCAGUCUUAGCGUUGUCUCCAUUUUAUUCUUAGCGUUAGGAUAUUUGUUCUGGAGAAGAAACAAGAAGAUAAAACAGUCUAUUCUAUACAUAACUGAUAUGCAAGAAGAGGAUUUAGUAAAGUUAGGCAACCUUAGAGGCUUCACGUUGAGGGAGCUACAAAAUGCAACUGAUAAUUUCAGCUCUAAGAAUAUACUUGGUGCUGGGGGGUUUGGGAAUGUUUACCGGGGGAAGUUGGGCGAUGGCACAUUGGUUGCAGUGAAACGACUGAAGGAUGUGACAGGAACUACUGGGGAAUCACAGUUUAGAACCGAACUAGAGCUGAUCAGCUUGGCAGUUCACCGGAAUUUGCUCCGCAUUAUUGGAUAUUGUGCCACGCGAAACGAGAGACUUCUGGUGUAUCCUUAUAUGUCUAACGGCAGUCUGGCAUCGAGGCUAAGAGGUAAACCAGCUCUCGACUGGAACACUAGGAAGAGAAUUGCCAUUGGAGCUGCAAGGGGUCUUCUAUAUCUGCAUGAGCAAUGUGAUCCGAAGAUAAUUCAUCGAGACGUUAAGGCAGCAAAUGUCCUCUUGGAUGACUACUAUGAGGCCGUUGUUGGUGACUUUGGCCUUGCAAAGCUCCUUGAUCAUGAUGAAUCUCAUGUCACAACUGCUGUUCGUGGUACUGUUGGACAUAUUGCACCGGAAUAUCUCUCGACUGGUCAGUCAUCUGAGAAAACUGACGUCUUUGGAUUUGGCAUUCUUUUAUUAGAGCUAAUAACUGGAAUGAGAGCUCUGGAGUUUGGGAAGUCAGUAAACCAGAAAGGAGCAAUACUUGAAUGGGUUAAGAGGAUACAUCAAGAGAAGAAAUUAGAAUUGUUGGUGGAUAGGGAGUUGGAGAUCAAUUAUGACAGGAUUGAGGUGGGUGAAAUGCUGCAAGUGGCUCUACUUUGUACUCAAUACCUACCGGCCCAUCGUCCCAAAAUGUCCGAGGUUGUCCGAAUGCUUGAAGGAGAUGGCCUUGCGGAAAAAUGGGCAGCCUCCCAUAACUAUAUCAAUACCACGACCAAUUUUUCCCGGGAAAAUAGUAAGUCGCAUCCUACCAUGGCCUUUGGACACGACGAGAAUGAUAACAACCAUUCCAGCAUGUUUAGGAUCACAAUGUCGAUGGAUGAUGAAUAUGAUGCUCAUUGCAUGGAGCUUUCUGGUCCGAGAUAAUAUAGAAGUGGAAAACCCAAAGAGAAGGUUGAAAUGAAAGUAGGUAAACGAAGUAUUUUUAUUUAUUUUUAUUCAUUACCACGAAUGACAUUAGGUUUGUUAUUGCAUGGAGCCAAACAAGGCCUAACUCUUUCAAGUUGAUAUGUUUUCGAAUUUUACUUUCGCGAUGUAAAUAUUUUUUUUCCAUUAAGUAAAUAUUUAUGUAAUUUCUAUCCUUAAUGUUAUUAGAAAACAUGAUUCAGUUGAUGCCUUGAGACAUUGAAUGAGUGAAAGGGGAAAGCAGAAGAGAUUUUGACUGAAAAUUGCCAAAACAUUGAAUGUAUGAGCUGAGCAGUCUGUAAUUUAUUGUUGGCCUUUUGGGGAGUAUGACAGUAUGUAGCAGUCUCUUUUAAAUGAUGCAUUGUUUGGUA